UGGAAGAUGAACACCCUGGCCUUGCCGCAGCUUGGGGCUCGCCAGCGACUCGCGGCUUGGGCGCCGGGGGCAGCGAUGCAGCGGGAGCCGCAGCGGCUGCGCUGCAGCUCCUGGGCGCAGCUGGAUGCCAAGCUGUGGCCCUGCGCGGCGGUGACGCUGUGCCUGCACCUGGCAAUGUAUGGCUACGGUUUUGCAAGCUGCCGCCCGGGCGGGCACAUGUGGAAUACCAUCUCAGGAUACGAAGGCGGCGGUAUGAUUGACAUGAGCGGCACCUGGCUUGCGCUGCCCCUGGCAGCGUUUCAUCGCCCGCUGGAAGACUUGUCCAAUCGAACCUGCGGAGGCACGCAACGGGGCCAGCGCCCAGCUCCCGGAUGGGAUUCCUGGGUGUGCACGCCCAGUGAGGAUAUCCGCGCGGAGGAAAGCUACACCACCUGGAAGAGGCACGGAACCCCUUGGUUCGGCUUUUUCGCGUGAGAAGGACAAUUGGAGGUCCAAAAUCAGGACGUUGCCAAGCAUGGUUGCGCUUAUGGCCCUCUUCCUUCUCGCUGGCCGUGUCGCAGAAGAUGCGCAUCCCAACGGCCGCGUGGUGUUUCAUUUUUGCUUCGGUGGCUGCGUGAUGUUCCUCGCCUAUGGCCUCCUCGGGAGCUGUGCAGUGGCGCUCAUGGGUCUGAUGGUCGCAUCGCUGGCGCGGCUGCUGAAAGACGCCCCACCAAGCCUGGUGACUGCGUGCAUGUGGGUCUUCGCUGUGGCAUGCAUGGAGUUGGUCUCGCGACUGCUGGGAGAUCACCCACACGUGAUCCAGGACUGGCACUAUGACCAGGGCAUAAAGUUCUGGACCCGGUUGGAGGAUCAGCUCUGCGGAGAUGCGCUCAAGAAGCCACUGCCGAACUCAGAGCUGUGCUUCAUCUCCAAGCCAUUCCUGAUCCGGGGGCUCGCGCCCUGGUUCACCUUUCGCUUUCUGGCGCUGAAGCUCAUCUCCCUGGGUCUCGACUCCUUCUGGGCCUUCCGGGACAUUCCUUCCGCGGUGCGGAACUUGGAGAACAAGGUGGAUCUGGUGCGCAGGGCUGAGGUGCACCUGUCACCGGAGAAGUACGGUUUGAGGUAUUGUUUCGCGUAUCUUGGAUAUCCACCACUUUUCUUCACCGGGCCCAUCCUGACCUACAACGCAUUCGUGUCUCAGCUGGAAUCGGAGCAGAGGACAUAUCAAAAAAAGGAGAUUCUGGCAUAUUGCGCCCGGCUCCUGGUGCUCAUGUUCGGCAUCGAAGUCUUCUCUGUAUUCUGGUGGUAUAGCACAAAGCUGCACACCCUGACCUGCAGUGCUACCGACAAGUAUGGUCAGUGCAUUUUUGACGACCUCUCCGUUUGGGAGCUCUAUAUUGGGAUGCACGUGCGGCUGCAUUUCACCUGGAUGGCACUGAUGAUCAUCUGGCGCUUUGGGCGCUACAUUGCCUUGCUGGAUGGCAUUGACUCACCGGAGAACAUGCUGGGAUGCGUAUCUUUUAAUUACACCUUCGAAGCGUUUUGGCGUAUUUGGCACGCAUCGAUGAACCGCUUCAUGAUGAGAUACCUCUACGUGCCUUUGGGCGGAAAAGAAAGAAGUUGGCUGGCGGUGCCCUUGGUAUUCUUCUUUGUGGCGUACUGGCACGAGCGCACGGGGUUUUGGACCCAGAGAGCCUGGUAUGCCUGGGCCGCGCUCAAUGCUGCAGGUGUGACCAUCGAGAAGUACCUGGCCUCCCUGGGCACCAGCUUACGCGGGCGGAAGGGCAUGGCUGCCGCUGGUAUUUGCUUCUUAGCUCGGGGCCUGGGCCCUGUGGCACUGGUGCUGGUCAACGUCCCGGCCAUUUUCUACGAAACCUCCCCGCGCUUUUACUCGAGCCUGCUGCUACGGGGCUGGCAGUCGGCGGCUUUGGUCGUCACCCUGGUCCUCACCUUCGGCUGCACUGGUCUCCUGGUGGAUGCGCUUCGGGGCGCUCGGAAGGCGGAGUCGACGUCCGCCCCACGUUUUGAGCGACAAAGCAGGGAGUGUGAACUAUCUUUCACAAGCUCACAGGCCAGAUGACGUUAUGCUACUGUGGAU